UCUUGCCUGGGACUUCUGCCGUUCCAGCAUAGCUGAGUUGACUUCUUCUUGAUCGYCUGCCUUUUUACGAUGUAACACUGUUUUUAUACAUUACAGAGUAAGAAUUAAGAAGUCAAACACUCAAAAUCAAGAUGCAAUUUCAAUGAGUUGGACUUGGACAAAGAGCUUGCGCUCGCGAAAGUGUACUUCCCACUGACAAAGCAACUAGUAACUAAGUCUUGGUUCCAUUAUGGAUCACUCAAGGUCUAAAGAUCAACUCCAUCUUGUGACUGUUAUUCCAGACAGAAUGGUKUGCAAUGCACGUGAGAAUAUCGCUCUAAUAUUCAACAACAACCUCCCCUCCCAUAGUCAGGGAAGCUAUUUUGUUGAAUUCCAUGGUCGCAGACGUGAAAGUAUCCAGGUGAAGGCAAGAAAGAUCAACCAAUCUACAUUGAUUGUAGAGGCACCAGUGUACAACCCAGCUGAAAAGGUCAGAAUAAACAUUAGACACGUGACYCAUGAGGGAACUAAAAGCCUUGGUAGCCAYCCCUUCGAAUUCAUUUCACGUGACAACUUAAUGGCACACUUACUCCAAGGCUAUGCGGACCCUGUGAUGUUCAUGUGCGARKCUCUUGGGAUAUCACCGUGUGAUAUGGUGACACUGGACAAGGCACUCACGGCGUCAUUCAAGGCAAACAUGCCACCAGGAUUUCAUUUACUGGGACUUCGUAAUAAUGCUAUGGAAAACGAUGCCAGUAAUUCCUUGUAUCCAACRUUACUGCAUUUUGCUGCGGCAUUUGGCYUGUAUCAUUUCGUGAAGGAUUGCCUUAUUCACUGCUCUGGUUUCUUUGAGGCAAUCGGAUUAAAUAAUUGUAGGGACAAACGUCCCAGUGAACUGGCAUACGAAGGACAGUAUAUCAACAUAUAUSAAUUAUUAGUUGAAGCUGAGAACAACGGCGAAGAGAUCUAUGAACAAAUGAAUGAAAAUAACGAGGACCCUUACUACACCGAUGCAUGCCAGCGAGUUAUCAACCUUAAUCUGUGGCAACAUAGUAGAGAUCAGCGGCCGUCAGAUCCCGACGUAGAUCCAGAAGGCUAUAUAAUGACCAAMCGAGCGUUUCCCGAGUCCCAAGAAAUCUAUACUGAUAUGCAAUCGGGAAUUGACGAUGGUUAUUCGGACACAACCCGAAGUCAAUUUAUUUCCGAAGAAAUCUAUACCGACAUGGAGUCGGGUGCAGAUCAGUCGGGCCGAAUGGAGCCCGAAAGUGAUGAGAUAUAUGCGGAUAUGGAAUGUGGAGACGAACAAUACGAUAAAUAUGUGGAUUUUCAAAGUACUGAACCUGCUGAUGCYGAGAAUGAUUCAGAAAGCUUUUACAUGAACGAACAGGAAUUAACUCCAAGAGGCAAACAGACAGCUUCUUCACACUAUCAGAUCCCGUCUAAUCUACCUGUCUCUCAAAUGUACCCUGAAGCACGGUCCAUCAGUGUCUCGCUAAACAGCAGAAACGAUUAUAAGCCAUCGCCACCACCACAAACAAAAGAAAAGGUACCAACAGGACCUCCUGUUCCUAGUCGAAAGACACAGCCUUUAGCACCUUCUCCAAGAACUGUACGACCCCCAUCUACGAUAACUACUCUAGGUUCACCUGGGACAAGACCCCCUGCACCGCCGCCAAAUCUCGAUAGAAGAGGAUCAGAUACCAGUACACGACCACCACCGCCAUUUCCAGGAGCUUCUCGUCAGGGAAUACCCACUCCAUUUGCAAUGGCAGUUAAGGAAGAAG